AUGCUGCUAGUGAACCGGGCUAUUACACUCAACCUUGUUAAAAGAUGUUGUUGGCGAAGCACAAUGUUUAUGACACCUAAAAGGUUUUUGGGAACAUCAGAGGAAGAGAGUACCGCAGCAUUACUAUUACAGAAGAACCUUAUCCAAAGGAAUAAUAUGCUUUACGGCCAUGGUUCAGGAACUAUUAGGUGUACGGUGUUUGAUGCUGGUGGUAACAUAGUCUCUCCUGCAUUAGAUAUAAAGAGAGAAGAAUUGGUUGCAAAGCAUGGUCUUCUGCCGAGAGACCUUAGAAAGAUAGAGAAAUCUAGGAAGAAUGACUUGGUUCCAAGUUUUUUGGUGAGGAAGAACGGAAUCCUAGUCAGCUUGGCCACUAUCAAAACGCUAAUCAAACCAGAUAUGGUAAUUGUAUUUGACUCAUUUGGCUCAUUAAAUUCUACUUCACAUAAGGCAUUCCUGAAUAGCCUAAAGCUGAGGCUACAGAACUUAGAUAUGGUAGAGCUGAAGAAAGAUCCGUUACCUUAUGAGUUCAGAGCCCUAGAAUCCAUUUUCAUUUCUGCACUUUCAAACUUAACAAGUGAGAUGAACGUUCAAGUUACUAUUUGCAAAGGAAUAUUACAGGAUCUUGAAUACAGUAUAACUAGAGAUAAGUUAAAGUUUCUUCUUGGUCAAAACAAGAAACUAAGUAACUUUUACAAAAAGACUGUACUAAUAAGGGAUAUGCUAGAUGAUCUGCUUGAACAAAGCGAUGUGCUAUGCUCAAUGUAUUUAAGCGAUUUAAAAAACGGUGUAGAACACAAAGAUGAUGACCACUCGGAGAUAGAGAUGCUCCUAGAGACAUAUCAUAACCAUCUCGAUGAAAUUGUACAAAUCACAGAGAAUAUCAUUUCUAAUGUCAAGACUACAGAAGAAAUUAUAAACAUUAUCCUGGAUUCAAACAGAAAUCAGCUGAUGCUUUUGGGUAUACGGUUCAGCAUAGGUAUGCUAUCUCUUGGAGGACCGAUUUUUAUAGGAUCAUUAUACGGUAUGAACCUGGAGAAUUUUAUAGAAGAAACCGACUAUGGUUUCAUUGCAGCCUCCGCCAUUGGUAUGAUCUCAUUGGGAGCACUGUACUUCUACAGCAUAAAGCACCUACACAAAUUGCAAAAAAUGUCCUUGUUCAACUACACAAAUUAUGCUAGAGACGUCAAGAAGUAA